AUGGCUCUGCUGAAGGUUCUGCUGCUGCUGGGGCUGGGUGUUUCAGUGAACUCAGAUGUUUCUCUGCAGAAGAGAAUCAUUGGAGGUCAAAACUGUGAUGAAGGUGAGCGUCUUUAUCAUGUUCGGCUAGAGAGCAGCUAUGGUAAUGAAAAAAUCCGCUGUGGAGGAUCUCUGAUCCACCCUCAGUGGAUCCUGACUGCAGCUCACUGCCAAAAGUCGGAGCCAGGAUGGACUACCGUAGCAACUUUAAAAUUUCAUCCACGGGCUGUUAGGAAGCAGAGAUGGGAAAUUAAAUACGCUCCUCAGAUGUUUAAACUCUUGGGCCAGCUGCAUGACAUCAUGUUGCUGAAGCUUGAGACACCAGUAAGAGAUGUCCCACUUGCUCGACUACCAGACUGCAGUUAUCGUCUUCAAGUAGGCGAUGUUGUUCAGCUGGCAGGAGAGGGAGCAACAACCACUGGCCCCAAUUAUCAGCGAUUAAUAGAUGCUCCUAUUCCAGCACAUCUACAAUGUGUCGACAUGAAAGUUAUUUGGGUUUCUGUCGUCGCGCCGACAUUUGGCCUUUUAUUCUAUGUUAAAACACCGAACAAGGAUGUCUGCUAUGGCGACGAUGGUGGAGCAGUGGUGUACGACGGCAUGAUUUAUGGUGUGAUUUCUCUUGGUCAACCACACUAUGCAUGUCAGAGUCACGCUGCAGUCGUGGAUGUGUGUGAAUAUAUGGGGUGGAUAAAAUCUACAGUUGGGCUUAUUUAA